CCCUUUCUCUCCUCCCCGACUUCCCACCUCCCCGUCUCUCAACUCUCAAGUCCCUCUCUAAUCUUACUAUCAUUUUAUCAUCCCCUUCCUUCCCAUGGCGGUCAACGGAUUGCCCUCUCAACGACUUUCCCUCUAAUCACCUCGUUUCCUGCUAGCUUCCCGCCUCAAACAGAGUCAACUCCUUCUAGCAUAUCCCGGGGGCUUCAAAUCCUGAUUUCGAGCCACUCUUUCGCCGCUUCCUUUGUCCGGGGGCAUGGUAGGGAUGGGAGGUAGUCAGCGGACGUUCUCUGCCAAUUCUAACGACUAUAAGCUUCUCGAAGAGGUCGGUUAUGGCGCCAGUGCUACCGUUUUCAGAGCGAUCUAUCUUCCGACCAACGAAGUCAUUGCUGUCAAGUGCUUGGAUCUCGAUCGAUGCAAUAGCAAUCUGGAUGACAUACGGAGAGAAGCUCAGACCAUGAGUCUGAUAGACCAUCCAAAUGUUAUUAAGGCUUUUUGUUCAUUUGUCGUUGACCGGAAUCUCUGGGUGAUCAUGCCCUUUAUGGCCGAGGGUUCUUGUUUACACCUUAUGAAGAUAGCAUAUCCUGAUGGCUUUGAAGAAGCUGCUAUCGGUUCAAUUCUGAAAGAAACUCUUAAGGCCUUAGAGUAUCUACACCGUCAAGGGCACAUUCAUCGAGAUGUCAAGGCUGGAAACAUACUGUUGGAUACCAAUGGAGUAGUAAAACUUGCCGAUUUUGGUGUGUCAGCAUGCAUGUUUGAUACUGGUGACAGGCAACGGGCGAGAAAUACUUUUGUGGGAACUCCUUGCUGGAUGGCACCUGAAGUGCUACAGCCAGGAAGUGGAUAUAAUUCAAAGGCUGAUAUAUGGUCCUUUGGUAUUACGGCCUUGGAGUUAGCUCAUGGUCAUGCACCUUUCUCAAAAUACCCACCAAUGAAGGUGCUUCUUAUGACCAUACAGAAUGCCCCUCCAGGACUUGAUUAUGAUCGGGAUAAAAAGUUCUCCAAGUCUUUUAAAGAAAUGGUUGCUAUGUGCCUGGUGAAAGAUCAAACAAAGAGGCCGACUGCAGAGAAGCUAAUGAAACACUCAUUUUUCAAGCAUGCAAAACCCCCGGAGCUAUCUGUGAAGAAGUUAUUUGCAGACUUGCCGCCACUUUGGAAUCGUGUAAAAGCCCUUCAGCUUAAGGAUGCGGCACAACUAGCUCUGAAAAGAAUGCCUUCAGGUGAACAAGAAGCUUUAUCACAGAGCGAGUACCAGCGAGGAGUUAGUGCCUGGCACUUCGAUAUUGAGGAUUUGAAGGCUCAAGCAUCAAUGGUUAGAGACGAUGAUGAUAUGUUCGAGACUAAAUAUGAAGACGAAAGCUUGAAAUCCGAUGGAAGGGAUAAGGCUUUAACCAAUGGCCAACCCCGCCUGGUGAAGCAUUAUUCGACUAGCGAGAUUUCACAGCUGGUGUCUACAACUGAAGCAUUGCGAGCUGAGAGCAUGAACCAGAAGGGCAAGUCUCUGGAAAGUGAUAUAGUAGAAGUAGCCUACCAGGAUAAACUUGGGGGCAGCAGAAAUGGCUCUAGCCCUGACUCGAAAGCAUCAACCUCAGAAAAUGAUGUGGUGCAGUCCAAGGCUAAACCAAUCAGAAGUCGCCAAAAUCAUAGUGGGCCACUCAUGCCUGGUAAUGCAUCCAGUCAUUCAUCCGAAAGGGGUCGGGUUUCAGAAAGGUUUGAGAGUGAAACUCAGCCUGCAAAUGAAAAGGUCACGAGAAAAGCUCCUAGCUUUAGUGGUCCUUUGAUGCUCCCAAACCGAGCUUCUGCAAAUAGUUUGUCAGCUCCCAUAAAGUCGUCUGGAGGAUUUCGAGAUUCUCUAGAUGAUAAGACUAAGGCUAAUCUGGUACAAAUCAAAGGGCGGUUCUCUGUGACAUCAGAAAAUUUGGACCUUGCAAAGGAUGUUCCUUUAAGUACAGUUCAACGUCGAUCCUCCCAGACAUCACCACUGAGAAAGUCUGCUAGUGUGGGUGAUUGGAUACACGAGGCCAAACCAAUGCCUGUGGUCCAGUCACAAAAAGAGGUUAGUGGCGGCAGUAAUUUACCUGCAUCACAACUCAUGACUCACCUCCAGAAUCUUUUUCAGCAGAACUCAAUGCAGCAGGAUCUGAUCUUCAAUUUGUUGAAUAGCUUGCAACCAGUAGAGGGCUCGGAUGCCGUGCAAAAUGGCAAGUUGCCUCCAUUGCCUCGAACUGCAGAGAAUAAUGGGACUGUUGAUGCAGCUGUUUCUGAAAGAGAACGGUUAUUGUUGCUAAAGAUCUCCGACCUUCACUCUAGGAUGUCCGGUUUGUCCGAUGAACUGAAUGCUGAAAAGCUGAAAUACGAGCAAUUGAAGCAGGGGUUCUCUAGGACCGCCGGAAGAGGAAGACGUGGAGUAUUGAUAUGCCGGGCGGAGCUGCCUCAGGAGGCACCUUACGCGGCGGCUAUCGGCGCCUGUAUGCUGAGUUCGCUUCUCUUGCCCAGCCCUUAUCCUCCUUCCGAUCAGGAAUCUGAUUCCGGAAUGGACACCACUGAUACUCGCUUGACGGUUAUGGGGAUCAUUAGUUUCGUUCCCUACUUCAAUUGGCUGAGUUGGGUGUUUGCGUGGAUUGACACUGGGAAACGCCGUUAUGCAGUCUACGCCCUUGCCUACCUCGCUCCAUAUAUCAGGUCGAAUCUGUCACUCUCACCGGAGGAUUCCUGGCUGCCUAUUGCUAGUAUUUUUCUCGGCGUCAUUCAUGUUCAGCUGGAAACAAGUAUUAAGAAUGGAGAUAUUCAAGGAUUUCAAUUGUUCAGUGAAGUUUCAAAGCUUCUUUCGUUCACAAAGGAAAAGAGAGAGGAUGAUAUCGUGGAUGGCGAGAGACUACCCAAGGGUAGGAAAGGGCAUGGAAACCUGCCAACUGAUUUUGGUGGGAGGCGGGAUACUGUAAAGAAGAAGAAGCCCUCUGAACAUCAUGAUGACUCACACGGCGACUGGGACUAAUUCAAGAACAUGUUAAGACUUAAGAGUUGAGAAUCAAACACUAACUUCUUAUAACUGCAACGGUGCUCCUGAUUUGUCUCUCUACACAUUGAUGGAUAAAUGUGUUUGAAACGACUAAUUGGUUGAUGGCAGAUUGAUUUUCUAGAACAAGAGAACUUGGUUUUCUCCAUCUGUGGGUCUCAUCAAAAGCUACCAGUUUCACAGAAUGCUUGGAGCUUUGUGCUUACUCUGCCUUGUUUUCUGAAGGAGAUGCUUUCAAAGGAAAUGGACUUAUAAGCCCUACCUUGAAGCAGUAAUCCAGACUAACAGCAGCAAAGCCGAACACCAGCAGGCUCUGCGAUACAUAUACUGCACCAUCGAUACCAUGAGACAAGAUGCUUCCUGGGUUGAGUUCCAAUGGUGCUCCUCCAGAAAGCCUACCAAGCCCUGCGAACCCAGAAUUCCAUUUUCAACUCUAUUGCUCAAUUAUUUUCUGCAGUCAGUAAACAUUUAAAUUGAGCAGAAAAGGUUGAUCACCUUUCACGAAGCCAAAUGCAGCAAUGGCCCCUGUCUUGAGGUUGGAAUCAUCUAAAUCUCUUCGCACUGCGUAUCGGAAGGUUACUCCAAACAAUGCACAGCUAAAGAAGGUUACUGCCAGUGGAAGCAACAGCUGCUCGUAACUAGUCACCUGUGCUAAAGAAACAGGGAGCCCAGCCAGUGUCCCAACAAUUGCACAUACUCCGGCUGCCUUUAUGGACUCUAUUCUCUCUUUAUCUUUCUCACUUGCUU